GACACAUGCAGAAGUCUGUCUAGGUAGAGGUAUUUCACUGAAACUACUAAAAUCACCAUGCUGACUUUGAAGCGACAAGACACACACUUUCAGUUUCACCCUGUACCACUUUCUUCAAAAAGCAAGAUGGCGGACCUUAUUCCCACCGCGGCAGCAUGGAAGCCGUAUCCCCGAACGCGAAUACGAAAGCCUCAGGUUGGACGGCGACGCAGUCGCAGACCACGCUGGCUCGAAAAGAUAAGAGCAGUGUGGCCGCAAAAACCGCUCGGUGGACCUGCAGAACACAUCGUUCGGCUCAUUCCCCGCCUAGCCCUACUAUUCACGGCGCUCCUCGCCAUUCUGACAACCCUUACCUUCGCACAGCAGCCCGGCAACUACAACAUGUGGAGUUGCCCGCACUGCUAUGAUAUCAAAUGCAAAUAUGUUUGGGUCUGGAAGAUUCUGACACUUGUCAUGCACGUUUUGCAUGAGCCCUGAUGUCUGUGAUGCAUGCCCUAGCAUCACAGAUUUUUUGAGAGCUUCUCGAUGCCUAUUCCGCAUGACAAAUGCCCUCUCCGCGUAGCAAAAAUUGCAUUCCUGCUCUUGGUACUCAUGCAAUACAGAUUCUUCUGGAAUCCAAAUGCAGCAGCACAAGUUGCGUUCUUCCAGACCCAGACAUUUUUACAUUUGAUAUAUGAGGGUGGCAUGGCUGCCGAGGUGUCCGAUUUGUCCUGCGAGGCGUUUCAGCAGCCGGACGGCCUGGAUUGGGGCGGGGUGAAACGAGGCAUGUACCAACUCGUCGAGGACGUGGUGCACAGCCGGCAGGGAUCCAACGCGAUCGAUUUUCUGAUGCCGUAUUUAGAGAUGGAGUUCACACCAUUGUCGCGAUGCUACUUGGGGAUGAUGUGUUUGAAUUUCCUCAAAGUCUACC